UUCUCCAGAGGGGUAUAUAUAACUGCUGGUAGAAGGGGGAGGCCCCUGGCAGCCAAAAUGAAGCUUCUACAGGUCUCUGUGUCCUGCUUGCUCUCCCUGCUUGUCCUGGUCGCUGCAGACCUAGUGGUGGAGGCCUCCAGCCCCGAUGAGCUGCAUCUCCACGUGCCGCUCUCCUGUGACCUCUCCUGUGACUCCACAGAUGACCAUGGAGGACAAAUCUCCUCCAACGACACCCCGGCCCCAGGCUCUGUGUGUCAGUCCUGUAACCCCCCUCGAAGCCUUGCUACACCGGCCGAAGAGGAGCCCCUAGCCUCCACAGAGGAGGUCCCCAUGGAGAGGUUGGCUAGCGAAGAGGAGCCCCUAGCCUCCACAGAGGAGGUCCCCAUGGAGAGGUUGGCGAGCGAGGAGGAGGAGGCUGCAUCUGAGGAGGUGGUAGCUGAGGAGGAAUCUGUGGAGUCUGCAGAGACUUCAGAGGAGGUCCAAGCAUCAGAGGAGAGGGUGGAGGAAGCUGCCUCGUCUGAGGAGGAAGAACUAGAGGAAGUUGCCUCGUCUGAAGAAGAAGUAGUGGAGGAAGCUCCCUCGUCUGAAGAAGAGGUUAUAGAGGAGGUUGAGGCAGAACAUGAAGCUGAGGAAGAAGAGGUUGUAGAGGAAGAGGAAGCAGUUAAGGAAGCUGUGGCCAUGGAGGAGGAAGUGGAUGUAGUUGAAGAGGAAGUAGAGGAAACAAUAGAAGAACCUGCAGUAGAGGAACCUGUUGUUGAGGAGGUAACGACUGAGGAGGUUGCCGAGGAGGAGGCAGUAGAGGAGGCAGUAGAGGGGGCAGUAGAGGGGGCAGUAGAGGAGGCAUUAGAGGAGGCAGUAGAGGAUUCAUUAGAGGAAGAAGUAGAGGAAGAAGUAGUAUUAGUGGCUGAACCUGUGGUGGAACCCAAGCUGGUUGAAUCCGAGCCAGAACCUGCGGUGGAACCUGAAGUGGUUGAACCCGAGCCAGAGGCGGUGGUCAAGGAGGUGGAUCCAGAACCAGAGCCUGUUGUAGAGGAAGCUGCUCCGGAACCCACUCCGGAACCUGCGGAAGCCGCUCCAGAACCUGUAGAAGCAGGUGAGGUGGUUAUGGAGGCAGUGAAGGAGGGCGAGCUGGUGGAGGAGGUGGCAGCUGUUUUGGAGGAGGUACAUGUUUUUGAGGAGGAAGCGGUGGUGGAAGAGGAGGCACCUGUUGUUGAUGUUAAGGAGGAGGCGACUGUUGUUGAGGAGGCGCCUGUUGAGGAUGUGACAGUGGAGGAUGCACCAGCAGAGGCAGAAGCACCAGUAAAAGUGGGUGAGGAGGCAGCAAAGCUCAGAGACUGCUCCCACAUCGAUGAGAUGCUCCGAUUGGUUUCUGCCGAAUCCUCGCCUGAGUUCUCUGCUGCUAUGAAGAAGCUGCAGCACAUCUACCACUCAGCCAUCAAGCCCAUGGAGACGGCCUACAAGUACAACGAGCUCAGAGCUCACGAGGUCACAGAUGGAGAGAUCACCUCCAAGCCCAUGGUACUGUUCCUGGGACCCUGGUCUGUAGGCAAAUCCUCCAUGAUCAACUACCUGCUGGGCGUGCACGGUACCCCACAACAACUUUACACAGGUGCUGAGCCCACUACAUCUGAGUACACAGUGGUGAUGCACGGUGACAAGUUCCGCUCAGUGGAGGGCAUCGUGAUGGCAGCCGACAGCUCCAGGUCCUUCUCCCCUCUGGAGAAGUUUGGCCAGGGGUUCCUGGAGAGGCUGGUGGGGAUUGAGAUGCCCCAUAAACUGCUGGAGAGAGUCACCCUGGUGGACACGCCUGGGAUUAUUGAGAACCGCAAGCAGCAGGAGAGAGGCUACCCCUAUAGCGAGGUGUGUCAGUGGUUCAUUGACCGUGCUGACCUCAUCUUCCUGAUGUUUGACCCCACUAAGUUGGACGUGGGCGGGGAGCUGGCCACACUGUUCAAACAGAUGAAGGGCCGAGAGUCCCAGAUCCGCAUCAUCCUGAACAAGGCAGACAGCCUGUCCUCCCAGGACCUGAUGCGUGUCUACGGCGCCCUGUUUUGGUCCAUGGCUCCUCUCAUCAACGCCACAGAGCCUCCCCGGGUCUACGUCAGCUCCUUCUGGCCCACAGAAUACGCAGCCGACACCAGCCGAGGGCUCUUCAUACGGGAGGAGAUCUCACUGCUCGAAGACCUCAACCAGGUAAUUGAGAACCAGCUGGAGAACAAGAUAGCCUUCAUCCGCCAGCACGCCAUCCGGGUCAGGAUCCACGCCCUGCUGGUAGAUCGCUACCUCCAUACAUACCACGAGAAGCUGGGCUGGUUCAGCGACCCCGACGAGGUGUUCAGGGACAUCGUCUCAGACCCUGACAAGUUCUACAUCUUCAAGUCCAUCCUGGCCAAGACCAAUGUGAGCAAGUUCGACCUGCCAGACAAAGAGGCCUACCAGGACUUCUUUGGCAUCAACCCUCCAUCAGGCUUUAAGCAGCUGUCCUCCCUCUGUUCCUGGUCGUCAGGCUGUCUGAUUGACAAGAUAGAGAAAGCUAUCACUGUGGAGCUGCCUGCCCUACUGAUUAGCCUGGGAAAGAAAGACAGUCCACCCCCAGCCAAGGCCGCCCCAGCCCCUCCACCCCCACUUCCUGAGGCAAAACCCAAGAACCGCUGGCGAAAGGAUUGAGUAGGAGAGAUGAAGAGAGGGAUGAAUGGAGAGAAGAGGACGGGGAGCAAAGGAAGGAAGACAAAAAGGAGGGAGGCCGAAGCCAGAGGCUGUACUGGGGUGACUGGACACGGGGAAGAGAGGAGAGAGGGAUGGGGUGGAGGAUAGGAAAUAUGUACAGCUGGGGAAAAAGGGGGAUUGAAGCCACAUGAAGUAAAUGGGAACCUUGCAGGCCCAUUACAAGUAAUCCAACAAGAAAAAAAAACGGAAACAAGUUUUUAAACUAUUUAAAUCAGAGACUCUUAUCUUCCUAAGUGUUAUUAUUUAACUCCGAACGAAAACAGGGAAAUAUAAACAAGAGUUUGUUUUAUUUCUGUUUGUUUGCCAGUUUGUUUAUUUUAUUUAUUCAAGUUUUUCUCUUCUUCUUCAUCCGUAGACAAGAAGGAAAAAUACCAGCGAUCAGUUACAGCAUAAUAUUCUAUUCUAUUGUCUUUAUUGUCAUUUCAAAAGGGUCUGGAUUUCUGUGCUCCUUACCAGCAGUCAGUUACAGCAUUCUUCUAUGGUAUUGUAUUGUAUUUUAUUGUCAUUUCUAAACGACAGCUUAUCUUCGUUGUCAGUGCAGUAUGUCAUUGCUGUGUAAGAACGCAUUUGUACAUUGAUGCCAGUUAAAUGGGCUGUAACCUUCUCUUCCUGUUGUUAUGGCUUUGCCUCAAUAUGCUGCUUGUCAAAGUCGCAUUAAAGUUGUAUUUUAUCCUUGUA